AUGCUGCCAUGCGCCGGGAUUUCCAUGCCGCUGCCUCUUCCGGACACCGAAGCAUCCUCGAGCGCCGUGACCCCCGACCCGAACUGCAAUACGGGCCCGACCCCGGAUGCCGGACCGUUGAAUACUUUGCAGUUGGUUCCUGGAUUCUACCUCACCAUCGAGCAAGCCGACGAAUACUUGAAUAUCUACCGGACUCGAAUGGUUCCUCACUUCCCUUUCCUCCCUAUUGACCCCAGCGUCACGGCGACUCAACUGCACAAGGAGAAGAGGUUCCUCUUUUGGUGUAUUAUGCAGGCCCUGGCACCUCAGACUGCCCCGGUUCAGAAGUCUGUCGAUGACUGGAUACGUCAGCAUGCGGCCAUGCACAUUAUUGUCAACCGGGAAAGGAAACUAGAGCUUCUCCAAGGGCUUCUACUGUACAUUGCGUGCUUUGCUUGGGGCGAUAUUCAUAUCCAUCUCGGCAUGAGUGCCAACGGACUUCUGCAGCUCGCAAUCGGCAUGGUGAUGGAUAUGAGCAUCAACACUCUCGCCGGGCCAUUAGCAUGGAUGCCCAAAACCAUGGUAUCCGACGCAUGGUCUAUGAUAACCCGAGGCAAGCAAAUGGAGACGCCCAAACAAACAUUGGAAGAACAAAGAGCAAUUCUGGGAGGGUAUUUCUUGGCAUCUAGCGUUGCUAUCUCGAUGCGAAGAUCACCACAAAUUCAGUGGUCGGCUCACAUUGCGCGAUGUUGCAAGAACAUCAGGGAGGCCCGCGAGCUAGAAACCGAUCAGAAUCUGGUUGCGUUGGUGCGCAUGCAACAUGUCGCCGACCGCAUCCGAACGACCUUUCCCAUAUACGACAGAGAUGAAGACGACCCUGCCCCAGAAUUCAAAGAGCAUUACACUAUGGUAUUAGCGUCUUUGAGGAAAGAGAUUGACGUGAUGGUGGCAGAAGAGCCUGCAAUCACGAAAGAGAAACCGAUUAUUUGGUGUCACUACAUGACGUUACUUGUUAGGAUCUACGAGCCGGCUAUAGGGAUGCGUGGAAUCGACCCAACUGGGAUGCCCUCGGCCGCUCAACCUUACAGCAGAACAGCAGCUCUAUGGACCUGUCUUGGGUGCAUCCAGGACGCCAUAGAGGCACUCGUCUCCAUUCCUGCGGAAUCAUACGCCUACCUGCCCUUCACCAUGGUCUCCAGUACAGCGUUUGUCAUGAUGUCAGCGAACCGGCUCUUGCUGGAGGACAGAGAGCCCGACUGGGACGUGGUCGUCUCGCGCCAGAAGCUGGACCACGCAGAGAACACGCGGCGCAUUGCGGAGAAGUUCGAAGAGGCGGACAAUGUUGCCCUGAUUGUGGGACAGAAGAGGCGUCUGUUUGAGGAUAAUACCUCGAGGUGGGCUAACUACGCAUACCGUGCAAGGUGGAUGCGGCAGUGGUAUUUGAGCAAGACCUCGCCGGCGACACGAGAGCCGUCGGCGGAGCAGCCGUCCACGACGACGGAAGGGAUGAUGCCCGAUACGACUAUCGCUUCAAAUUGGAUGGAUGACUUCAGCUUGGAUAAGUCUCUUUGGGGGCAGAUGUUGGUUGACUUUGAUUUCGGUAUCAAUCCGAUAGGCAUGAACUGGCUGAAUGAUGGGAUGGUUAUGUCGAAUAUAAUACCCCAGUAG